GUGAUCACAGCUCAGUUCUCUGUUUAUCGGAUCUAUUUAAAUUACAAAAAUAUGUUAAAAUGGUAAUUUUCUUUAAGAUGACGUGUGUAGUUAAACUGCAGCAACAUUCCGAUCGGCGGGAACUUCAUUCGCACCGUUCAGCAGUAGCGAUUCGACUCUGGAAAUUUCUCAUCACGGGUGUGGGUAUCACGUGAUCCCCGAGCGAUUCUGAUUGCCUGGUAAAGAUGGCGAUAGAUGGCUAGAAAGCGGCGGAUCAAGGUAACAGGAGCCUUGAACCCGCUGCAGUAACUGAGAUCUGGAGGGUCUGCAAGUCAGUAGUUUGUGAGAGGAUGGAUCCUGGACAAGAUUUGCUGCUUGCUGCCCUGAGUGAGAGUGGCAUCAGCCCAAACGACCUCAUUGACGUUGGCACUGUCGACACUGGCCUGCCGUUCACUGUGCAACAGUCUGUUCCCCUAAGUGCCCUCGAUGCUGGCCUUGGAACAGAGACAGGUGCAUUGGUGAGGGAGGAACCAGCUGUGUCACCCACUCCCACCAUCAUGGUCAGGCCGAAGCCUCAGCCAUCAACCACCACCUUUGUCUUGAAACAGCUCAAUCAGCUCCCAUCACUUGGAACAAUAGUUGUAACCAAACCAUCUGUCAGUGGCAAUGCCACCUCCAGACAGACCAUAACGGUGGCCAAAGUGGUCCACACCGCGGCAGCCACCACCACACAGACCCCCUCUGCCACUGUUGUACAUACACUCACCCCGCCCAUUGAGGAAGAGGUCCUGAUGAAGGAUUUGCUCAAGACCAACAGUCUCAUUGAGCUCAUGAAGCUGAAGCCACCUCCCAACAUAGCCCCGCCUGUUGCCACGGCCACCACUGAUUUGAGUAACGGGAUGAAGAAGGAGGUUUCAAACAAAGAUAUGUCCAGGAUUUGGGUCAAUGAUGACAUCAAAAUGAGGAGCUUCUCACCCACGAGUAAAAUGCAUGGCAUGAAAGAAGAGGAAGAGGAAGAAGAUGAAGAAGAGCUGGGUCAUGCUGAGACAUAUGCAGAAUACAUGCCUAUGAAAUUGAAGGUUGGCCUAAGGCACCCUGACCCAGUGGUGGAAACCAGCUCCUUGUCCAGUGUCUCUCCCCCUGAUGUGUGGUACCGACUGUCUAUCCCAGAGGAGACCAUCGACCGGGGCUGGCUGUCAGCCCUGCAGCUGGAGGCCAUCACCUAUGCGUGUCAGCAACAUGAGACCUUCCUUCCAAAUGGGGACAGAGCCGCCUAUUUGAUAGGUGAUGGAGCAGGUGUUGGAAAAGGCAGGACCAUUGCUGGGAUCAUUUAUGAAAACUACCUCCUUGGCAGGAAAAGAUCCCUCUGGUUCAGUGUUUCUAAUGACUUGAAGUAUGACGCUGAGAGGGAUUUGAGGGACAUUGGGGCAAAAAACAUUCAGGUCCAUUCGCUGAAUAAGUUUAAGUAUGGAAAGAUCUCCUCCAGACACAAUGGGAGUGUGAAGAAGGGAGUGAUCUUUGCCACGUACUCUUCCCUGAUUGGAGAGAGCCAGUCUGGUGGGAAAUACAAGACCAGGUUCAAACAGCUGCUGCACUGGUGCGGACCAGACUUUGAUGGAGUGAUUAUAUUUGACGAAUGUCACAAGGCAAAAAAUGUUUGUCCUAUCGGCUCCUCCAAACCCACUAAGACUGGGUUGGCUGUCCUGGAACUGCAAAACAAGCUUCCAAAAGCACGAGUGGUAUACGCCAGUGCUACAGGUGCAUCUGAGCCGCGGAACAUGGCUUACAUGAACCGCCUCGGCAUCUGGGGCGAGGGAACCCCCUUCAAAGAGUUCAGCAACUUCAUCCAGGCUGUGGAACGCAGGGGAGUUGGUGCUAUGGAGAUAGUUGCCAUGGAUAUGAAGCUGCGAGGGAUGUACAUCGCCAGGCAGCUGAGCUUCACUGGGGUGACAUUCAAGGUCGAAGAAGUCCCUCUGACACGAGACUACAUAACGAUGUACAACAAAGCAGUUCGUCUGUGGGUGAGCGCACGGGAGAAGUUCCAGCUGGCAGCCAACCUCAUGGAUGCAGAGCCGCGCAUGAAGAAGUCCAUGUGGGGCCAGUUCUGGUCAGCCCACCAGAGGUUCUUCAAGUACCUGUGCAUCGCCUCCAAAGUCAGAAGGGUGGUCCAGCUUGCUCGUGAGGAGGUGAAAAACGGAAAGUGCGUGGUCAUCGGACUCCAAUCAACAGGAGAAGCUCGGACACUGGAAGCGCUGGAAGAUGGAGGAGGAGAACUGAAUGACUUUGUCUCCACAGCGAAGGGCGUGCUGCAGUCGCUUGUGGAGAAGCACUUCCCUGCCCCCGACAGGCAGAAGCUCUCCACCCUGCUGGGGAUUGAUCUGACUGCCAAGAAAACGCCCUCGCCAAACGACAGUGCCUCCACAGACCAGAAGGGCAAGAAACGGAAAGGCCAAGAGAUGAAAAAGGGUGCAAAGAAGCCACGCGGGUCUGGAGGCAUAUCUGGGAGCAGCUCAUGUGACAGCGCCAGCGAAUCGGAUGCCUCAGAGAAGGAGGCAGAGAGUGAUGACGACAGCUUUAAGUCGGUCAGCUCAGGGGACGAAGAUGACUUCAACCCCUUCAUGGACGAAUCCAGCGAGGAUGAGGAGGACAAUCCUUGGUUGAUUAGAAAAGAGCAGAAGAAAGGAAAGGAGAAGGAGAGUAAAAAGAAAAAAAAGAAGAGCAUUGACCCAGACUCCAUUCACAGUGCCUUGCUCGCCUCUGGUCUCGGCUCAACGCGGCCUGCUUUCACUACCCCUGCUCUCAAAACACAGUCAAGCACCGCAGCAACCGGCUCCAAGAAGGAGAGCGAGAACAGCAGCUCCAUGACGAGCCAGGACGCGGUGGAGAAUGCCCAGCAGAUGAAGCGGACACUGCUGGAGGAGCUGGAGAAACUCUCAGAGGAUCUGCCACCCAACACUCUGGACGAGCUCAUCGACGAGCUGGGAGGGCCGGAAAGUGUGGCCGAGAUGACCGGACGGAAAGGACGUGUGGUCAGCAAUGGAGAUGGCAGCAUCUCCUAUGAGUCACGGUCUGAACUGGACGUCCCGGUAGAGAUACUCAACAUCACAGAGAAGCAGAGGUUCAUGGAAGGAGAGAAGAACAUUGCCAUCAUCUCUGAAGCGGCCAGCUCUGGUAUUUCGCUCCAAGCAGACCGAAGGGUGAAAAACCAGAGAAGGAGGGUGCACAUGACACUGGAGUUGCCAUGGAGUGCUGACAGAGCCAUCCAGCAGUUUGGGAGAACACACAGGUCAAAUCAGGUGACGGCCCCAGAGUAUGUGUUCCUCAUCUCUGAGCUUGCCGGGGAGCAGCGGUUCGCCUCCAUUGUGGCCAAAAGGCUGGAGAGCCUAGGAGCUCUCACCCAUGGGGACAGAAGAGCUACGGAAACCAGAGAUCUAAGCAGGUUCAACUUUGACAACAAGUAUGGACGGAAUGCUCUGGAAAUAGUGAUGAAGUCUAUAGUCAACUUGGACUCUCCGCUUGUCUCGCCACCUGCUGACUUUGAUGGCGAUUUCUUCAGAGAAAUUCGCCACGGUUUAAUUGGUGUAGGACUAAUAAAUGUGGAGGAUCGCUCAGGCAUUCUCACUUUGGAUAAAGAUCAUAACAACAUUGGCAAAUUCUUGAACCGGAUUUUGGGCAUGGAGGUCCAGCAGCAGAAUGCACUGUUCCAGUACUUCUCUGACACACUGACAACAGUCAUCCAGAAUGCCAAGAAGAAUGGUCGAUAUGACAUGGGAAUUCUGGAUCUUGGCUCUGGUGAUGAGAAAGUUAAAAAGGCUGACUCCAAGAAGUUUUUGACUCCGGGAUACUCAACCUCAGGUCAUGUGGAGCUCUCCACGGUGGUAGUAGAGAGGGGCAUGUCUUGGGAAGAUGCCACCCACGUUUGGGCGGAGCAAAAUGGGCCAGAUGACGGCUUCUACGUACAGGUGAGAAAUAACAAGAAGACAGCCAUCUUGGUGAAGGAGGUUAACACCAAAAAGAGGCUCUUCCUGGUGUACAGGCCAAACACAGGGAAGCAACUCAAACUUGAGACUUACGCCGACAUUCGAAAGAAGUGUAAAAAGGUCCUUUCAGAGGAUGCCAAACAGCACUGGUUAGAUCAGUACAAUUCCUCAGCUGACACAUGUUCCCAUGCUUACUGGCGAGGGAACUGUAAGAAGGUCUCAUUGGGGCUCCAGUGUGAGGUCGGGCUUCGCUGCCGAACCUACUACGUCCUUUGUGGCUCUGUGCUUAGCGUCUGGACGAAAGUGGAGGGAGUCCUCUCUGCCGUCAGCGGAACCAAUGUGAAAAUGCAGAUUGUUCGGCUUAAAACUGAAGAUGGACAGAGAAUUGUAGGUCUGAUCAUUCCGGCGAACUGUGUGGCCCCGCUGACCAACAUCCUGUCGUCAUCAGACCAGUCCCAGCAGCUGGCCGUGCAGCAGCAGCAGAUGUGGCAGCAGCUGCACCCUCAGAGUAUCAACCACUUCAUCAACACGUAGCAGGCGCCCCCCAGCUGCUGCUAGCACGGGACUGACUCCAUGUGCCCCCAACCGCAUGCACAAAUUCAGGGUUCCAGUCCAAAGAAUACUCCUUCAGGGGAGGGUCGGUGGGACGCUCACAGGCCCUUCACGGCUCGGUCAUGUUAAGGCGAGGGAGGAGACUCCAGGCAACAGCAGAAAUAAUACUCAUUCUGCAUAUGUGUGUUUUUUAACCCCCAUAAUAAUGUUCGCAUUAUUGUUCUAGCUUCUAUUUAUGACCUUCUCUUUGGAUGCUUGUACUUUUUUUGGUUGCUUUUUAUGAUGCAUUACGGUGCUCAGGGGGUUAGAUCGAUGAGCAAUCACACUGACAGACAAGGUAUUUAAGCCUGACAUGCUUCCACUUGCGAAGCAGAAUGCACACGUCUGAAGCAUGACACUGCUUGUUUACCAGGUUAACAUGUUUCCUUUCUGGUGUCCUGCCACAGCUCACCAACCAACGAAAGUGUAUGCUCAUGAGAUUGCAUCCACCACUGAUGUGUCAAAACUAUGAUUUACAAUUCUCUAUUCUGCCCAAAAGCUGGUGUGGUCUCCAUUCCUCAAAAAGACAAUCAGUCCUUAAGAUCAAUAUGUCAUUGGUGACAUCUGGUUUACAUUUUUACCUUUGUAUCACCAUGUUUUAGCAUUUAAUUGGUACAGAUACAUGGUGGGGUAAAGAACUCUAAAAGUUUUGAGUUAGGUGCUGCAAAUGUUAUGAUAGGAUAGACCUCUAAUGUUGAGUUAUUGCCUCAAUGUAAAAAAUGUGUAUAGUUGCAUAUCUUAAAUUAUUUUUUGCCCGAAGUGGUAUUAUUUAUAAGGUA